AUGUCAGGCAUGGAAAUCGCAGGUCUCGUUUUGGCUUCCAUUCCCCUGGUCGUUACAGCCUUGGAACACUACAGUGAUGGCAUGAGUACUUUCGAAAGGUGGUGGAGAUACAAAAGGGAGGUCAACAGGGUUGUAAGGCUUCUUGUUGCCGAGCAGGCUCUCUUUCAAGGCACAUGUGAGAAACUGUUGAACGCUGUAGUUACGCCGACCGAGCUGGAACGUUUGAUAGAGCUUCCUGGGGGCGCGCAAUGGAAGGACUCUAACCUGGAUGAAAGUCUUCGUCGGCACCUCGGACGUUCUUAUGACUCUUAUAUGUCAUGCGUCGAAGAUAUGGACGCUGCGUUGAAAGAUUUGGAAGCUAGACUUGAACUCGACGUGAAUGGAAAGCCUACGUGGGUCGAUGACUCGUCAUUCAAAAGCCAAAUGAAAAGAAUUCAAAUCAUUUUCUCUCGUGGCGUUUAUCAGGAAGCUCUCAAACGCCUGGAGAAAAACAACAGCAUCCUUGCGGGUCUUACAGCACAGAAUCUUGAGUUGGAACCAAUCAGGAGACGGCGUCAAAUGCCAAUUACUAAGCUGAAGUAUUAUCAGCAGCAUCUAGUGAACCUAUACAACGCUAUCCGCCCAUGCUGGAUCUGUGGAUGUCCUACGCAGCACUAUACGCUUUUACGCCUCGAUGCCCGCCUGUAUGAGCCAGCCACGCAAGAUAAAGAGACCAUGCCCAAGGCAACAGUUUCGAAAGAUGAGCUUUACUUCAGUGUAGUAUUUUCUACCGAUGAUGAGAACACCCCAGUAACAACCCGAUGGUCAUGGCAGGAAACGUGCAUCCGACCGAUACUUCAGGGAACAGAACAGUGUAAUAUGUCGAAACGAGAGCCCAAAGCCAAGGUCUCUGGCGCCAGACACCAGCAGCCUAAUGCUGAGCAGAAGAAUCUGGAGGCUGUACCGUCAGCUACUAGAAAAGGCGUUAAAUUUGCGGAUGAAGCUUCAGAGCCGUCGGUCACAUGCACAUCUGUCCUCACUCCUAACGCUGUCCCUGCCAUACAGCUCCCGCCUAGGAUUUACAACCUCUGUGAAGCUCUACAAGCGUACCAGGCGGCGGGUAUCAGUACGUCUAACGACAAUUACAUUGGAUACUUGCAAUGUCAGAAGCAGAACGAUUUAGAAGUCCGCGCAACUCGCCGCAUUAUUGUGAAGGAUGCCCGGCAUCGACAAGACGUUGCGAGUCUAAAACAACUGGUUCCAAAACGUGACAAUUUCGCUUUCCUAGUUCUCAGCCGAGCUGAGCGUCUCUUCCUGGCGGUGACAGUUGCGUCAGCUGUGCUCCAGCUCCAUCAUACCCCAUGGCUGCGAGAGAGAUGGAACCUCGACGAUAUUCUCGUCCAUGUUAAUAAUGCAGAUGACCUUGGACGCCGGAUAUAUUUGUCGAAGGCCUUUCCGGAGCCCCUCGAUCCUCGGAUCACCAAAGAGAAUGAAAAUCAUCCUGGCAUGGGAAGGGUUAACAUAGUGACAGAGUGGGCUACAGCGAAGCGAAUGAUGUCCAAGGUUGUAGCAGAGGCCGGAAACCGGUACGGCGAUGCAGUGAGGCGGUGCAUAUACUGUGAGUUCGAUUCACGAGAUACCAACUUGAACAAUGAAAGGUUCAGAGAGGCAGUCCAUCAAGGAGUCGUUGCACCGCUUGGGGAAGUAUUCAGCGACUUUAAUCAGCCCUACGAGAUAGUUGGGCGGGCAUUUUGA